GACAACAUAAUCUUAGAAAGUGGGAGAGAUUGAAAAGAAGAAAUCUGGAUAACGCGAUUCAGGAACACCUUCUAACUUCGAUUCAUCCUAUGACGAUGAAUCAUUGAAAUUUAACCCAACAAAACAAACCUCAAACCAAAUCCUUAAACUUUGCAAAAUAUAAUAAUGGCUUUGAGAAGUUGCUCUGCCCUUUUACGCAGCAGUUUCUUCCACCAACUUUCUCAAACUCAAUCCACUUAUGCUUCUUCCAGAACCUUGGUCUCAAUCUUGUUGCCCAAAUGCACUUCACCUACCUGCAUUUAUGAAUCCAACAAAGACAUGCACUUAGCACUCUCUUUUAGUAAGAGGAACCUCAACCUUAGCAUUCUUCUCACGACGUUUCUGUGGGGUGAGGGUGUGUUGAUGCCAAAUGCACGUGAUGCACUGUUGUUGGCUCAGGAGUUGGAGCUUCAGAGAUACACGGAUUCCGAGGAAGGUUUCACUCUUCUUACACCCUCUUCUUGGACUAAGGUUGAUAAAGCAGGGGCAACUGUGUUGUUUCAAGAGGCAGAUAUGGGAAGUAACAAUAUUGGGGUUGUGGUAAACCCAGUUCGUCUUAAGACUCUUGAAGAGUUUGGGACUCCUCAGUUCGUUGCUGAUAAGCUUUUACAAGCAGAAAGACGUAAGGAAAGUACAAAGGAGGCCGAGUUGAUUACAGUUGCAGAAAGAUCAGGGGAGGGAGGGUUGCAAAUUUAUGAAUUUGAAUACAAGGUUGAUAGUACUCGGGGAGGGAUGAAGAGGAUCUUUUCUGCAGCUUUUGUGGCCUCAAAGAAGCUAUAUCUUCUAAAUAUUGUUCACUCUGAUAAACCAGAGAGUCCUCUUGACCCACAUAAGAGAAUGAUUUUAGAGCAAGUUCUUCAUUCCUUUGAUGCAGCAGCUUAAUCUGUGGCAUGGAAAAUUCGGUUCUUAUGAUUUUUUUAUUCUUUCUUGAAUUUUAAUUUGAUUCCUAAGUUAUGGCUAAUGACUUGUGUUCAAAUCCCUCAUUGAAAGUCAAAGCUGACUGAAAAUUUGAAGUAAACAUUAAACUAAUUCUAGUGUUACCACCAUACUUGUAACCGGCAUACUACUUUAGUUAAAAGGAAAAAAUAGAUUUGGGUGGUGAUUUUCCAAAUUGAUUAUUUCCUAGGUGAAUGCUAAUAUGUGACAAACUGACAUUACUUGCAA